AUGUCAUUCAGUAAUUUCAGUCAGGAUCUAGAGUCGGACGCUAGAUCUACCCAUUAUAAGGACUUUCCCGAGUUUGAAAGUUCCACACAAACUAUCGAAACCAGCCUACAUCAAAUAAAUACUGUUCAGUUGCCAUCUAUCAAGAAGUUGAUAAACGAAUAUGAUGCCCUUUUGAAGAAGGAUGAUGAUGAAUCCAAACCUGUAGAGCUCAAUAGAUUGGCUAGUAAAAUUACUUCCAGUAUAGAAGAUGUCACAAAAGAGUAUAGGGGCAUCAACGAUUUAUCCCAACAAGUAAAUCGAUAUUUGAAAGACUGUGAAUCAAAUCAUGAAGACAACGACACCAUAAAUUAUCUUAAACAAAAGGAAUCAUUAGUAGUAAAGAUGAUAAAAUCUAGUUUGAGACAAUUCCAAAAUCAGCAGAGAAGAUUUGAAUCUUUCCAGCAAAAAACUAUCAACAAGUAUGGCAUUCCUCAAGACACAGCCGUCAUCCAACCCGACCUUUUAUCUGACCAUUCUCAAGAGUAUCAAGAUACAGCUUCUCAAGUACAGCAACUGCAAGUUCAAAUCAACUAUGAGCCCGUCAAUGCUGAAGAAUUGGAACAACAAACACUAUUGAUUCAAGAGAGAGAACGUGAAAUCGAACAAAUCAAUCAAGAUAUUUCAUACAUAAAUGAAAUAUAUGGCAAUUUGGAAGAUAUAGUUCAAGAACAGCAGUUUACCAUAGAUUCUAUUGAAGAUAAUGUUAUGAGAUAUAGUGCAGACACUCAAGGUGCAUCUAAUGAAUUGAGAAGGGCCGAAAGAUAUCAGAGACGGUCAAACGGCAGAAUGUUAUGCUGUUUCUUCAUUCUAUUUGCACUUUUGUUUUUUAUAGUGAUUGUCCAACUUAUUUCAUGA